UUUUGAUGAAGUGUGUUUUGGGCUGCCCACACAAAAGGGUUAAGUAUUCCCAGCUUUGCGUUGAGUAUACAUGCAUUGCAUGCGUUUUAAAUACUUUGCUAAUUCACGCACAGAUACCAAAAAACAUCGUCUGGACUACAACCCCUACUACAUCGACAUGACUGAAUUGUGCUGAAAUAAUUAGCAAAUAAAACAUCUAUCAUCUGCGUUCAAAGGACUCGAGACAACACCGUGUUUGCUCAAUAGCCUCAGCGUGUAGUGGGACGUGCAGUCGUCUGCUCCAGUUUCAUUUUUUGUCGUUUUACGAAGGCGGGAAAGAAAUAGGUAGCUGCGUUGAGAUUGUAUCUGUGAUCGCAUCGACUAUCGUGUGCCGUUGGCGUCUGGGUUGUCGUCUGUCAGAUAGAAGUGGGUAUUCCCCUUGGAUUUAGGAAGACGUUGUGAACAGUAUAAGAAGCCUGCACCCUCAUCGUAACCAAUGGCAGAUCUGGAUGAUUUUCAGCAGUCUGUGGUAGACGCCCAUAAUAAGCUACGGUCAGAGAGAGGUUUGCCUAACCUAGCAUGGGCAGAAGAUAUAUCCACAUCGGCUAGUAACUGGGCACAGAAUAUAUCAGAGAAAGGAUACCUUCAAAAUAGUGACAAUCAAGUUUUAGGAGAGAACAUUCUCAUGACAACAGAAGAUGUAAAUGGAGAUGAAGUAGUCUCUAGAUGGUUACAAGAAGAGAAAUUAUUUGACUACGAUAACAUGAGAUGGCAAAGAGGUACAAGUCGAUUCACUCAGAUGAUAUGGAGAUCGAGCACGGAGAUCGGUGUCGCUAAGGUUCCUCUACGAAAUAAAAAAGGGUUCGUGAUCGUAGCCAACUACAGACCAAGAGGUAACGGAAACAGACCUGGAGAAUACCAGAAGAACAUCCCAUCGAAAAAUAAUAAUGAAUGAUGAUGUCUAACGUUUGAUGGCAAUAGUUAGUGGGUUAUAUGUUGUUUUCAUAUCUUAUUUUAUAUUUAGAUCGCAAAUCCUGUCACAAAAUGUCACUAAUAUUCCAUGAACUCUGCAAUGAAACGCGCAAAUGCCGUAGUAAUAAGGGUUUUGCCGAGUAGUAUAUACAUGUAGAUAAUGAUCAUGAUGAUUUUGUAAGACUAUUUGCAAUCAUCUGAAUUUGAUCAGAGAAUACUUUCAAGAUCAAUAUACAUCAUUAUACAUUACAAAGUGCUGUUUAGUUUCUAGAUGCAAUGUGCAAGAAAUCUUUUUCAGAAUAAAACCAUAAGAUAUUCAUUAGAUAUACUAUAACAGUUCUAAUUAUAUAAUACUGUAAUGAAUACUUUGCAUGAUGAUGUACAUGUAUUGAGCUUUACAAAAUACACAGUAAACAAGUAAACAGCUAGAAAAGACGGGACGACUUUAACGGUAUUACCACCAGGGGCCCGUUGCAUAAAACUUUUUACCUGAGAAAACUCAGGUUGUUUUUACCGGAGUUUGUGGCCUGUGCUAAAGUCAAUGGCGGAAAUCAGACUAACCUUAGUUUUCAGUUUUUACCAGAGUUUUCUCAGGUAAAAUGUUUUAUGCAACAGGCUUCAGAUAUUUGUUUAUUUAUUGACCUAGGUAUCAUUGUUAAU